GAGCCUAUAGAAGCGGCAUAUACACUGUAGUCAUAAAGAAGGGUGCCAAGCAGCGUGCAUGUCCAGAGCUCUGGGCCUUUUCUCCAGAUAUCAGGUCCUCAGUUUAUAUGUGCCCAGUUGCCAGGGCUGCUAGGUGGGCACGGUGCCCAGGUGGCACAGAGGCUUCCAAAUAGCAUCUGUAUGUAGGUGCUGGCACUGGGGAGCACUAUACAUGCAGCACUGAUUGCGCAUACACAGGUGGGCAGUGUGUCUGACUGGCACAGAGUUUGCGUUACAGUGUAUAGGUGGAGGUGCAGGUGCUCAGGUCAUACAUGCACUGGACGUAGGGGCCUUGUGCUGCUGUAACCUGGACUUGGCAUGGUGACUAUGCUGUACGGGGGGACAGGGCUACCGGCCGCCAUCAUGUGCCCGGGGGCAUCACUCCUGAGGUCUGGACUCUUCUAUCUGCUGCUCUUUGCUCAUAACUCCCAGGGACGCGCCUGUGAGAAGAGUCCAUGCUUCUCCGGACGAUGCAUCAACUCCACCUGCGUGUGUGACCCGGGCUGGGUCGGAGAACAAUGCCACCACUGCCAGGGAAGAUUCAAGUUGACAGAGCCGUCGGGCUUCCUGACAGACGGACCCAUCAACUACAAGUACAAGACCAAGUGCACCUGGCUGAUCGAGGGCUACUCGAACGCCGUCCUGAGGUUGCGCUUCAAUCAUUUCGCCACAGAAUGCAGCUGGGACCACAUGUACGUGUACGACGGAGACUCCAUAUACUCCCCGCUCAUCGCAGUCCUGAGUGGUCUGAUCGUCCCUGAAGUGGCGGGAAAUGAGACGGUCCCGGAGGUGGUCACCACGUCAGGAUACGCUCUCUUACACUUUUUUAGCGAUGCUGCUUAUAACCUCACCGGAUUCAACAUCUUUUAUUCGAUAAAUUCCUGUCCGAGUAACUGCUCCGGCCACGGCAAGUGCGCGACCAGCAGCUCCGUGCCCGGCCGCGUCUACUGCGAGUGCGACAAGUACUGGAAGGGCGAGGCCUGCGACAUCCCCUACUGCAAGAAUAACUGCGGCAGCCCAGACCACGGCUACUGCGACCUGACCGGAGAGAAGCUGUGCGUCUGCAACGACAGCUGGCAAGGUCCUGACUGCUCGCUCAGCGUCCCCUCCACUGAAUCUUACUGGAUCCUGCCCAACGUGAAGCCGUUCAGCCCCUCGGUGGGGCGUGCCUCCCAGAAAGCCGUGAUGCAUGGGAAGUUUAUGUGGGUGAUCGGAGGCUACGCCUUCAAUUACAGCUCCUUUCAGAUGGUGCUAAACUACAACGUGGAGAGCAGCAUCUGGAAUGUGGUCCCGGUGAACCCCGUCCAUACAGCCCCCCUUCAGAGAUACGGACACUCGCUGGCGCUCUACCAGGAUGAGAUCUACAUGUAUGGCGGGAAGAUUGAGACGAGCGGCGGGAACGUCACCAAUGAACUCUGGAUCUUCGACAUCUCCAGUAAGUCGUGGAGCAUGCGGGCGCCGCUCGUCCUGAACCACGGGCAGCACUACGCGGUGGAGGGGCACACGGCGCACAUCCUGGAGCUGGACAGCCGCGAGGUGGUGAUGGUCGUCAUAUUCGGUUACUCUGCGGUCUACGGGUACAUCAGCAACGUCCAGGAGUAUUACCUGAGGUCCAACACCUGGCUGGUGCCUGACACGCGGGGGGCCAUCGUGCAGGGGGGAUACGGCCACACCAGCGUCUACGACCCGAUCACAAGGUCUGCCUAUGUGCACGGAGGAUACAAAGCCCUUCCCGGGAACAAGUACGGCCUGGUGGACGACCUGUACCGAUACGAAGUCAACACCCGCACCUGGAUGAUCCUGAAGGAGAGCGGGCUGUCGCGGUACCUGCACUCUGCCGUGCUGAUCAGCGGCGCCAUGCUGGUGUUUGGCGGCAACACGCAUAACGACACGUCCCUGAGCAACGGCGCCAAGUGCUUCUCAGCAGACUUCCUGGCCUAUGACAUCGCUUGUGACGAGUGGAAAGUUCUGCAGAAGCCCAACCUGCACCGCGAUGUCAACCGCUUCGGCCACUCUGCCGUAGUCAGUAAUGGGUCCAUGUUCAUAUUUGGCGGAUUCUCCAGCGUGCUGCUGAAUGACAUCUUGGUGUACAAACCUCCGAGCUGCGAGGCGUUUCACACUCGGGAGCGGUGCACCAGCGCUAUACGGGGCAUCAGCUGUCUAUGGGACCAGGGUCAUUGCGUGUCCUGGGAGACCGUGCACGCCAGCAGCAGCCUAUUCCGCGCCCACUGUCCCAACAAGUCCGCGCCAGCAGACGACAGAUGCUACAAGAACACGGACUGCGCCAGCUGCACCGCCAACACCAACGGCUGCCAGUGGUGCGACGACAAGAAGUGCAUGUCCCUGAGCAGCAACUGCAGCAUGUCUGUGAAGAAUUACGUGAAGUGUUAUGUGAGGAACGAGCAGAUCUGCAAUAAACUCACCAGCUGCAAAAGCUGCUCCCUCAACGUGAACUGCCAGUGGGACCAGCGGCAGCAGGAGUGCCAGGCCCUGCCCGCUCAUCUAUGUGGAGAAGGAUGGAGCCACGUGGGGGACGCCUGUCUGCUCAUCAACUCCAGCCGGGACAGCCAUGACAAUGCCAGGGUGUACUGCCACAACCUGAGCGGCAGCCUCGCCUCCCUCACCACCCCCAAAGAGGUGGACUUCGUGCUGGACGAAAUGCAAAAGUAUACAGUACAGAAGCUUUCCCCGUGGGUCGGGUUGCGGAAGAUCAAUGUCUCGUACUGGGGCUGGGAGGACAUGUGCCCAUUCACUAACACCACCCUCCAGUGGCUCCCGGGUGAGCCCAGUGACUCGGGGUUCUGUGCCUACCUGGAGAGGGCAGAGGUGGCAGGACUGAAGGUGAAUCCCUGCACUGCCAUGACAGACGGCCUGGUGUGCGAGAAGCCAGUAGUCAGUCCCAACCAGAACGCGCGGCCGUGUAAGGUGCCCUGCUCCCUGCGCACCUCCUGCUCCAACUGCACCAGUAACGGCAUGGAGUGCAUGUGGUGCAGCAACGCCAAGCGCUGCGUGGACUCCAACGCCUACAUCAUCUCCUUCCCGUACGGACAGUGCCUGGAGUGGCAGACCAACACCUGCUCCCCUCAGAAUUGCUCCGGCUUCCGCACCUGCUCUCAGUGCUUGGAGCACCCUGGUUGUGGUUGGUGUAAUGACCCCAGUAACACUGGGAAAGGCAGUUGUAUAGAAGGUUCUUACCGGGGACCGAUGAAACCUCAGGGCAAACAGUCGAGUGAAAUGGUUCUGGAUUCCAGUUUGUGCCCACGGGACAAGAACUACGAGUGGUCGUUUAUUCACUGUCCAGCGUGUCAGUGUAACGGCCACAGCACCUGCAUCAACAACAACAUCUGUGAACAGUGUAAGAACCUGACCACAGGGAAGCACUGCGAGGCCUGCAUGGCGGGAUACCACGGGAAUCCCACCAACGGCGGAGAAUGUGAAACCUGUGAAUGUAAUGGACACGCCAGUAUCUGUGAGAUGCAGACCGGGAAAUGCCACUGUACCACCAAGGGGAUCAAAGGAGACCACUGCCAGCUAUGUGAUUCUGAGAACCGAUACUUGGGGAACCCGCUGCGAGGAACCUGCUACUACAGCCUGCUCAUCGACUACCAGUUCACUUUCAGUCUCAUCCAGGAGGAUGAUCGUCACCAUACGGCCAUCAACUUCAUCGCCAACCCCGAGCAGUCAAAUAAGAACUUGGACAUCUCCAUCAAUGCCUCCAACAACUUCAACCUCAACAUCACGUGGUCAAUCGGGUCUACAGCCGGCACCAUCUCCGGAGAAGAGGUCCCACUGGUGGCCAAGUCUCACAUCAAGGAGUACCGGGACAGUUUCUCCUGCGAGAAGUUUAACUUCAGGAGUAACCCCAACAUCACCUUCUACGUCUACGUCAGCAACUUCUCCUGGCCAAUCAAGAUCCAGAUUGCCUUCUCCCAGCACAACACCAUCAUGGACCUGGUGCAGUUCUUUGUCACCUUCUUCAGCUGCUUCCUGUCGCUCCUCCUGGUGGCCGCCGUGGUUUGGAAGAUUAAGCAGACGUGCUGGGCGUCUCGGCGGAGAGAGCAACUUAUGCGAGAGCGGCAGCAGAUGGCGAGCCGCCCGUUCGCCUCGGUGGACGUGACGCUGGAGGUGGGAGGAGUGGAGCAGACGGAACUACUGCGAGGCCCCGCGGAGGGUGUGCCAAAACCAAUCGCCAUUGAGCCGUGCUCCGGGAACAAAGCUGCCGUCCUGACCGUUUUUCUCUGUCUGCCGCGAGGAUUGGCCGGAGUUCCUCCACCAGGACAAUCAGGUCUCGUCAUCGCCAGCGCCCUCAUCGACAUAUCGCAGCAGAAAUCCUUCGACUGCAAAGACAAAAGCUCAUGUGUUCGGAACCGGAAGCCGCAUCCUCCGACCAGACAAGGAACUUGUGUCUGAACCUUGUUGGAGCUGGAGGGUUGUGACAAUGUAUCGUUUUUGUUUUUCUUUUUUGAAAAAUCUUUUGUAACAAAUCUGUAAUGGCUUCCAGCGAGAGACGAAAUCCACUCAGCAAUGCGGAUCCGCCGGAAGUCCGCAGGCGACCGUUGGCGUCCCAGAGCCGUGGAGGAUGGAGAACGACUGCAUGAAAAGUCUUACGGACUGGUGAAAAAAGGAGCAGGGGCGGAGUAGCGCCAUCCAGGCGUCUGUGCAUCUACCAGAAAGAAUUAAAGAGACAGUGUCGCUAUUAGACCUGCGUGUAAAUACCAUGUGGAGUUUGGGGCCACGGGGCGUGGAUUCUGGGUUUGCAGCAUGUCCGUAACCAGUAAGGGAUUCGGGGCGAACACAAAUUAUUGUAAAAGGGACACAAUCCACGCACCAAACGUAUUUAAUAUUGUAGACGACGGAGGAGGAAGAAGAGGGAAUCGCCACUCGACCCGGGACGGGUUUUUAAAUAUAUUUUUUACGUUUUUUAUAUUUUCGUUUUCCUCGGGUCAGUGCAAUAAACAGCAGCGAUCAGUAAUCCGGGAGACGACCUCGGCAGGACGCCGCCUGGCACAUAGCUCCGUGUCCCAGGAAGCAGCGUGACGCAGCUUUGUGUGUGUACAGAGGGUCAUGGCGGAGCAGGUGUGCAGCCGCUGUUUGUACAUGCCCGGGUUGUGAGGGUCGUGGGCCUGUUCUGUACCCCGGGGGGCGCUCUUUUUCUCUGUGUCGGGGAUGCAUGCCGCGCUGGUCUUCUAUUUCUUCUUUUGUACCUGCUCUGAACAUGUACAAUAUUUAAUGUAUAGGACGCAAUGUACAGUUUAUAGCAGCAGGCAGGACACGCCGCCAGAGACCGCCAAUAAAACAUCUUCCUCA